GCUUUGAAAGCGAGGCUGAGGAGCGACAUCACAUCCCGGAGUCUGAAACAUUCACCCAGGAGCUUGUGAGCCAGGCAUGGUCUGGAACAGCCAAAGGGAUAUACCAGCUGAAAUGUUAAUAUAAACAUCUUGCCUGGCUUCGCCGUAACUGUCGAUGCUGGUGUAACUGAUUUGAAGCAGCGGUGGAGGAGUGAAUCGUUUUGCUGAUGAAGUGAGCGUGACGGCUGGUAACGUGGAACAUGCGACCAAACAACAAUGGGUUCGAUAAUUGAUAGCAGAGUACUGUGCUUCCUGGUGACAACGAUAGCUUCAGUGUUGGCUAUUGACUGCUAUGUCUGCACGUCUGUGGAUCGGUCUAACCGUGACUGCGAAGACCCGUUUAACCAUACUCGAAAGACCUUCCAUCUGAUAGAGAGGCACUGCAUGUAUGGCUUCUUCAGAGGGACACACUGUAUCAAGCUGAACGGACAUAGGGAGGAUGGUUCCCACAUUCUGGUGCGACACUGCAGCAACGACAACUGGGGCAGUCACUGCGGCCUCAUCAGAUUCGAAUACGAGAGAAGGACUGAGAAGAUCUACGGUUGUCUCGAGUCAUGUGAUCAUGACGGCUGUAAUGGCGGCGUAGGCGUCGCAGCGCAAAUAAUCACAACCCUGCUGUCGAGUAUAGCAGUUGCCUUCGUGGUGUGGUGAAAACUAUUAAACUUUACGGGGAUUUUUCUUAACUAAAUUCAAACCCGAUCAAAAGACGCACUGAGGAGUCUUUUCCUUUCGUUAACGGUUGUGAGUGGAGAUUAAACAUGUCAACAUUCCGACUCCGAUAUCAGAUCCACAUCUAUGCAUGAGACCUUUGUUUCAUAUGCACUAUAUUUUUUUGUAUACGUUACCUCCUAUCUGUGGUUUGGUCGGAGAAGAGUGAGCUCAGUUGGCUGACUGUUCGCUCUCUGGAGAUAGUCAAAGCAAAUAUAGUAUAUCUGUGCGGAGUGUUUGCGGAUGGCGGAAUCGAACGGAGUACUGUUACUUCUUGGGUGUAAGAAAUGGAUACAGUUUAGGACCUAUGCUAUAUCCCAACGUUGUGCAGCGCAUAUACGUCAUGGCAUAUAUCUCAAAAUCCACAGUGAUAUGAUUGAGUACCCCCAAGCAUGGAGACGAAGUGGCGUAGAAGGAAAGUCGUAAGUUCUAGCGUGGAAGAAAUGGAACACAUUCACACGGUGUUGAGUGCAUCGGACAUAUUUAAUAGGAUGGACCAGGGACUGUAUCCGUACACAAUCAGUACGAAGCUUGUAUUCAAGUGCAUGCAUGCACACAAUAGCAUGCAUACACCCGCCGUUGAUGAGGGGACUGACCUACAUCCUGUACAGGUGGAAGGGACGCAAGUGCAAUAUGAAUGAUCUCCCUAAACCAGAGUAUUUAGAUUGGGAUAUGCAUCGUAAACGAGACAAAUCAACAUCUGUUUGCGUUUCUUACAGAUAUCAUUUUUGCGACACCAUGGCACAUCUCGCCGAUAUUAUCUGAACCGAAUUUUGAGAAUUUUAACGAGAUUGUUUGCCAGCACUUGGCGCCAGGACUUUUAAUCCGAUAUCAUAAUAUUCCAUCAGCAUGUUACGUCAUUGUGUGUCCAUCCACAGCAGCUAGUUCCUAAAAAUCAAAGAAAGGUCUUUGACGACUGAUCAAUCAUAAAAUCCGGUAUAUACCACAAAGAUAGCUCACACCCUCCUAGAAAUUGGUUCUGCUUGUAUGCGACCUUGUCCUUUGGACAAGGGAGUGCACUUUAGUGCUCCUGUAGAUACAGUUGUAGAUGAAACAUCUGCAUUCAUUCAACGGGAGAAGCGACAGAAUCGCCAUUGGUGGUUAGACAUCGAGUCGUGUCCAUAUUAUUCAAACCUGGUAGGGACCUUCACUGAUGCAGCACCGCCGCACAAAUACAGACAAUGAUGUCUCUCGGUUGAUGAUGUGAUUUUGGUUUUUUGGUUUUCGUUACACGUGUCGUUGUUGAAUACUAGUUGGACACCAUAGAAGAUUUCAUCUUUUGUUUUUACGGGCUUCAUGUGUAGUAGUGUAGACUCACUCCAUUGCUUGCCCCACACAGUCGAGCGUCUGGAUUGGCUUGCCCCAGUGCCAGCUACUGCUAUGGCUCUGGUUGGAAACGUUGUAAAAGCAAGAGACGAAAACACUGACAGGUUGGCUAUAACACUCAAAUAUUACACGCGCAGCCAGCCCGGAGAAUAGGAAUCCAUGUACACAGGUCACAUGUUAACGUGUUCAUUAAACGGGUCUGCUCUAUCUCCAUAAUUUGAUUUUCCAGUUUGUGAAUUCUUAAUAUUUAAUGAUGUGAGGUAAAUGGUAAAUAUUUAUCUGAGCUGAGAUUCAUGUUCAAAUGAGAAUGAAACAAAAGUCAUUUUUAAAGUUAAAUUCUCCCAGUUUAUCCAAAAUCCAAGGAAUGGGUGAUCAGUCAUGAUGGUCAUACGUUUUCUCUUGCCCUCAAAUAUUUUCCAGAAAUUAGCUCCUUCUUAAACAUGAGAAUGAUCAUUCCAUGAUCCUGAGAAUUUAUUGUAGUACUCUGUCCUCUCGCCUGUUGUGUGACGUCAUCACACCAGCCCCAAGAGGAAAUAGAUGAAAUAAUGUUAAGACUAGACUGGCAGAUCGCUUGAUGCACCAAUGUCCUUUCAAUCUGUAUUAAUGGAUAUUGAUCAUAUAUGGUCACAGUGCUAGAGAAUCUAAUAGUCGUUGAGGCUGGAGGAUUGUUGCUUCAAACCCUGGUGCUACGACCAACAGCGAAUUCACAAUUUCAUUUAAAGUUAUUUUUGUGAUUGGUAUAUGGCUAGUCUGUUGUUUAAUCAUUAAAAAAACUUUAAUAUUGAGCUGACAACUGUCAACUAUGUCCUGUUCAACAUCUUGCAUCACAUGUAAUACCAUGUCAGUGACAUGUGUUGUUUUUGCCCAGUCACUAUUACGGGUCUACAUUGAGGACUAGAUGACCACAGCUCAUUCCUGAUGGGUCUUGCAUGUGUGUGAGCUGGGCGUGUCUGUUAGUCAGGUUCACCACGUUUGCCGUCGUGACAGAUGACUGCGACGUACAACAUACUCACUGUUCACGAACUAGGUCCAAACAACUUUCAACUGUGUGAAAUGAAGCGUUUUCUCUUAAACGUUAAAUGUGUUCCUCACUUACAUAUUCAGCAACUGUUUUAUAAUAAUCUUUUCCUUUCGCUGAUGUAUCUCUCUCCUGAUUCCAUGUGUGGGGUGACCGUCAGCCUACUGGAUCAUCUCCUCUCCUUAAUCUAUAUUGUGUUCUCGCAUUUAAACUUAAACUUUUGAACUUGUCAAACCGAGUUAUGGUUGAAUGUUAGCAAUAUCAUUAUCUGUUUACCUUUAUUCGUUAGUUUAUAUUCACUAUUCGGGUUAAAUGUUAAAUGGCUGGUUUGAUUUUUGAUAUGCAAGUACGAACACGGUUUCAUGUCAGAAGCGUUUGAAACGCUUCACAAAUCUGGAUGUAUCCCACUCCAUAUGGGACUUACAGUCUCUCAACUCGUAGGGGUGUGAGCAGAGCAGUCUAGAAAUGUUCCCAUAUAAUAACUUAAACUGAAAUAUACAUGCCUUCGUUCGUUGCCUGAGAUGAAUGUAAUAUUUAUAUAUACAGGCCUACCCAUUUUGACUUUUUUUUCGUCAAUUAUUUAUGUGAUACUCGUCAUUUGACAAUCUUUGUGAGUGCCCCACCCAAACAAUCACGAGGCAUGUUUGCCCCCUCAAUGUGGUCGUCGCUAUUUGUAUCAUAGUUAUCGUGUAUUUUCACGGUUAAGUUUCAAAUGUUUAUUAUUUCCAACCUGUGAUUGCACCGUGGUUGUGUGUCGUGUUAUUACAAGAGUUGUCUCCCCUACACCACUCACCGCCCGCAUGCUCAUCAAGACGAUUUACACACACAAUGAUGUUCUAUUGAUACUCAAAUUUGCUUGUGUCGCAUUUCAGCAAUUACAUUCAGUUUGUUGAUGUGAAAUAAAAUUAUAUACAUGAUA